ACAGCAUUUCAUCUUAUUGUGUCGAUGCCGCUCCUAUUUCCUUACAGAUGAUAACUGCAUGUGGAGGUACUUGGCAUCCAGAGCAUUUUCUUUGUACUAGCUGUCGCAUCGGCCUUGUUCGGCAAGAUUUCUACGAAAGAGAUGAACAGCCCUACUGUGCAGAUUGUCACCAGACCAUGUUUUCGCCAAAAUGUGCUUACUGCAAUGAAGCCAUCCUUGAUUAUAUUGAAGCAUAUGUCCUAAAUGCUUAUAUUCCCUCAUCGACAAUAUAA